CUCUGCCACUAGCUGGUGCCUCAUUGCAGUUAUCUACAGGCUUGAGGCGGGCAACAACAUCUAAAUCUAUCUAUCCCAAUCUCACCACUAUUAUCCUUCUUGGAAUCUUUGCCUCUGUGGUUGCGUGUGCCGCUUUCUUCAUCACACGCAUGCUUGGUCACCACACGAAACAAGUCCAUACGUACGGCAAGCGCCAGACCCGGAUCGUCAAUGCAGAAGAACGCUUCCCGAGGGCGCCUCCGUCCAUAUUUGACGAUCUUCCAACGCAGGUUAUGGUCCCAGUGGUUUCACGCAUGAAGCGGCGGGAGAAUACUAUUGUCGGCACUGCGACGAGGACCAAAUCUAAGACUAAACCGCCUUCGCCCAAGGUCAUCCACGUCAGCAGAAGAAGUCGCGCGUCUCCUCCUUCCCGAAAACACCCCCAGAUUCGCCGAAUAGAAGCCGGAGACGAUGAGGGACCCGCAAAACGGACACCGUCUCGUCAGCCCCUUGGCGUUCGGCCGGCCAAUACACCGCGAUCACCCCAAGUUGCACUUCCUCUCAAGUUGCGACGAAGCUCGCCGAAGAUGACGCCCUUGAUCAACAAGCAGUUUGCGCCAUACAUGGACAUCUUGGUGCUAGAUGACAUGGGAAAUACGCUGAGCCAGGAGAGGCGGGUUUCGAGGCCGACUGUGAUCAUAAGUAGUGACAGCGAAGACGAUCCCCCUGUGCAACCUAAACCAGCUCGCAGGCUACGAAAAUUAGCCCCCUUGCGAAUUGAAUCGGAUGAAUCAGAUUCGGAGGACGAAAUCCCAAUGAGAAUCGAGACACACGUCCCCAAACCACAUUUCGAUUCGACUACACGACUGAAAGUGGAAGUGGUCAUUCCUACUGCUGUUUCCAUUGCAUCACUGCCCGCGAUCCGACCACCACCAAGGCCCUCGCUCAAAUCCUCGCUCAAGUCUUCAGCUAGUCAACGACCUCGUGUCGGCUCUCCAAUUAUCAAAUCACGGCAGUUGACUCCUGCUCGCCGUAGAGGUCUUUACACUCCACCCUCGCCUCCAUCACCUUGCACCUCGCUGGAUGAAGAUCUUUCGUUUGAUUUAUCUUCGUUGGAAAUCUCCGUAAUCCCGGGAUCGGAGCAGCAUUCUGCUUCUGAGGAGGUUCCCGAGUAUCUCCAACCACUCCUGGCUGAAUGCGGUCAGACAGAGAGUGGGGUGCACGAGUUCUCUGCGUUCAUCCGAACGUUCCCUUUGGACACGUUGGUCCGAAACAGCGAUGCUCCGUCGACGUUCCGGAAAAUCGGCGAGGCCAGCUAUUCGGAGGUGUAUGGGAUUGGAGAUGUCGUCCUGAAGGUUAUCCCUUUGCGAGACGAGUCCCACCGACAACUGCGGCCCAAAGCGCGAGAAGACACUUUGGACGUGCCAUUCUCGACGGACGUCAAGGAUGUGCUCAAAGAGAUCAUCGUCACCGAUGCGAUGGGCCAAGUGUGCGACGGAUUCGUGGAUCUUUUACGGACCUAUAUUGUCAAGGGCACGUAUCCGCAAAUUCUCUUGGAGCUUUGGGACGAAUAUGAGCGGGAAAAAGGGACUGAGAGCGUUCGUCCAGAUACGUUCACGGUAUCGCAGGUCUACGCAAUCAUUGUUCUCCCCAAUGGUGGUCCCGAUCUAGAGGCGUUUAAGUUCUCCCCAAAGACACCGUGGAGGCAAGCAUCCAGCAUCUUUUGGCAGGUUGCAAAGGCUCUAGCACAUGCCGAACAACUAGUGUCGUUUGAGCAUCGCGAUUUGCAUCUGGGGCAGAUCCUUGUCAAAGACAUGCCGGUCCAACCUCCGCGGGCCUUGCAAGCUGUCAACCAGAACCGCGCGGCACCGACCAAGACAGCACCUGUGACAAUGGACUCGUCAGCAGCUGCAGUGCAAGUCACACUCAUUGAUCUGGGCCUGUCCCGGAUGGACGCCGGUGAUGGGGCUGGAGGCGAAAUGGUGCAUUGGACUCCGUUUGACGAGGAAAUCUUCGCCGGAGAGGGCGACUACCAGUUUGACAUAUAUCGCUUCAUGCGUGAUCACAACAGCGGCGACUGGGAAGCCUUCCAUCCUUUGACUAAUUCAAUGGCUCAGUGGUUACAUCACCUCGUUACCAAGCUGCUCAAGGGAAAGGGUCUGAAAGCGCCAGCUCGAAGAAAGACGAUCACACCGAAUCGGACGUCCAGCACCUUCAGCGAACGGGACUGUCAUGAGUGUUUGCUUGAUCUCGAGGAAUGGCUGGGAAGAAGUAUAUCGGCUGUUUCCGAAGUGGAAAAAGGCAAGAGCAAGGGAAGAAAGAAGAGAACGAUGCCCUCUGCUUCGAAAGUCACCCCGCCAGCCUUGCUCGAAGGUCCUAUGUGUGCUGGCGAGGUUGUUGGUUAUGCAUCGCCUCAUGCCAACGCUUCACUCUCCAUCGCCACUGGUGUAGAAGCUGUAACGAGAUUAUGGAAAAUCCCCUCACAAGACGCCGACGUUCUUGUAUCCGACCAAAACAACAUCGUAGCUGCUUUGGAAUCCAUGGAAGCGCGUGGGGACUGCUCUUCGCUCGUUGAAGAUCGCAAGACUCUGAUGAUCGCGCUCUCGAACCUCCACACGCACCGGAACGCGCUGGCGCCCGUUUCCCGGCUUUCUGCGGAGCUUCUCUCUGAGGUCUUCCUCAUACUCACCGCCUACUCGUGCGUCUCAGCCAAUCACCCGGGGUACAUCACACCGGCCGAAGCCCGCCUCUCGAUCGAAACCGUAUGUCGGCACUGGCGAUUGGUGGCGUUCGGAUGCGCUCGACUGUGGAGCAACAUUGAUUUUGGUUUCGACCCGACAUCGCGCGUCAGAGAGUCGCUUGAGCGAUCGCACGGAACGCUCUUGACGGUGCAGGCGAAUGUGUCGAUGCACGAGUCGGCGGGGGAAAAUGUGUUGCUGGUGCUUCCGGACCACCUGUUCCGCACGCAAUGUCUCGAUCUAGGGUUGACGGGCAACUAUUAUGAGCGGCUUAGGUCCGGUUUGGUUGCUCCCGCGCCCAAAUUGGAGGUCCUGCGCCUGCAUUGCAGCAAUGACACCAUCUCUCUUGCAUCAGAUGCCUUUGCAGCACACAUUCCCUGUCUGCGCCAACUGGAACUCGUGAAUUGCAGCAUUCCCAAGUGCUCCGUGAUGUUGCGUAUGCAGCUCACGUAUCUUUCUGUGUCGGAUAUUCCGCCGGAGCUUGCGUUUUCUGUCAUGGAAUGGCUCGAGGUUCUGGCUGCAUUGCCUGAACUUCAGGUGCUGACGAUUGUCUCCGCAUUCGCCAGCACCAGUCAGAGCGUGGAGAAGCAUUUGCCCUCUAUCCAUUUGCCAGAUCUCAUCGCAAUCUCUCUCGGGGGGCAUAUGUGGAACUGCACGGAGCUAUUAGUACAGCUCAACUUCCCUCCCACUCCGUGCAUUGAGAUCGAUUGUAUCUCUUUCUUGAUGGAGCAGCCGAUGGAGCUGACAUGUCUCUCGAUCUUGCUCGAGACCAUCGGCAAGCUCUUGAAGGCCCUUCCGGCUGGUGAGAGGCUGCGUGCUCUAGGCGUCCGAUGGCUCUCGAAUACCGAGCUCGUGCUGAAGGGAUCGAGUGAUGCGGAAGCCAACUUGUCGCCGGAUACCGACAGCUCGCCGGAGUUCCAGCUGUCGUUCGUGCCGAGGUCGUAUGUGUUUCCGCUACUUUCCGCGGUACUUUCGGCUUUUCCGACGUCCGGUAUCUCAAAGCUGGACAUCUCUCCUCCACCGUGCGAGUGUGAUUUGCCAAGCCCAGCGCACCUCCUGCACAUGGACGAUUGGCCUCGACUUUUUCGGUUCUUCCCCGCAGUGACCCAUUUGUAUCGAAUACGAUACGAUUUGGUGCUGUGUCUGCUCAAUUUGAUAGAGGAGGACCCGACAAUUUUCCCUGCCCUCUCUACAUUGGGCCUGGUCAACACUUCAUUCGAGACUCCCGGCGUCUUCGACACUCUCAUUCGCAUGCUACGCAGCCGUCAGCGGCCAAUCACCAAAAUCUCGUUGACGUUUUGCACGAAUGUGGCGGCAAGAUUGUCUGCUUUGAGAAAGACAGGCGUUGCAAUCGAAUGGGAUGGCAAGGCUCGCUUUGAGAGGCACAGUGACGAGGAGACUAGGUUGAGACGGAUCCGGUUUGGGUAUGCGAUUUGGGUGUGA